CCCCGCGCUUUCCCCAGACGGAAGCCUGGGUUCCGAGGUGUCGGUGUCCCACGGGCCUCAGGCGUCGACGAGUCGGGGAGUCCCAGGCGCGAUUUCUGAACGAGGGGUCGCCGGAAGUGCGAGAUGCAAGUGGGGAAGGGUCAUACAGAGCUGGUUCCUGCAUGGGGAUCAGACCCCCAUAUGCCAGCUCCCAGCCUACAGCACCUCCUGAACUACUUACCUCAAAACUACCCUGUCUGCCCAGGACACCAAGCCUAGCUCCACCAGGAGCGUAAGACACCUCCCAAAGUUUGGGAAAAGGUGCCCCUUCAGACCUGAGUCAAAGUCCCCCUGCCACCUGCUGAGCGCAGCUUCCCCAUUGGCUCAUGGGAUCUGCCCCUUCCGGAUCCCUCCCCCUGCCCUGCUGCUCUGUGACGGGACAUUCCUCAGGAGGCCAAGGGUCACCACAGCACCAUGACUGAGUCUGGCAAGCCCAUCCUCUAUUCCUACUUCCGAAGCUCAUGCUCCUGGAGAGUUCGAAUCGCUCUGGCCUUGAAGAGCAUCGACUAUGAAACCGUGCCCGUCAACCUCAUAAAGGAUGGGGGCCAGCAGUUCUCCAAAGAAUUCCAGGCACUUAACCCCAUGAAGCAGGUGCCAGCUCUGAAGAUCGAUGGCAUCACCAUUGGCCAGUCGCUUGCCAUCAUCGAGUACCUGGAGGAAACUCGGCCCACUCCACGGCUCCUGCCUCAGGACCCAAAGAAGAGGGUCCUUGUGCGCAUGAUUUCCGACCUCAUCGCUGGCGGCAUCCAGCCCCUGCAGAACCUGUCUAUCCUGAAGCAAGUAGGACAGGAGAACCAGCUGGCCUGGGCCCAGAAGGCCAUCAGUUCUGGCUUUAACGCCUUGGAGCAGAUCCUGCAGAGCACAGCGGGGAAAUACUGCGUGGGAGACGAGGUGUCCAUGGCUGACCUCUGCUUAGUGCCUCAGGUGGCAAAUGCUGAAAGGUACAAGGUGGAUCUCACUCCCUACCCUACCAUCAGCCGUAUCAACAAGGCACUGCUGGCCCUGGAGGCCUUCCAAGUGUCUCACCCCUGCCGGCAGCCAGACACGCCCCCGGAGCUGAGGGCCUAGCUCUCAAACCAUGCCCACUGGUGCAGGAGCAGAAGCUGGGUGGGCUGAACAGGCCUGAAAAUGAGCAAGCCCUAACUGGAGAAGCAGAAGACUUGCACUCCUAGCCCUUGAAAUUAAACUGUAGCUGUGGAUCUGCCUUAACACUACACCUCAUUCUGCCUUCAUCCCCUCAUCUGUCAAAUGCAGUCAGGAUAGGGUGGGAGGACUCGGGAGGGAGGGAGGGAGGGAGGAACAUUACCUGCUCCCUAAGUCAGGGUGCAGUCAUUAAGGUGAAGUGAGAAUGCAGACUGAACUGCCUGGCAAGUUUACCCAAGAGCCAUAGGAAGUCUGUGUGCCACCUCCCAAACCCUCUACUGUACCUGACUCCAAAGAAUGCCCACCCUGCAAUUUGAUCAUUAAACUGAAGCCCAGGGCUCCUGGUUGUUCA